CGCUGGCGCUUCCUGAGCGUUGUGUCCAGCCGGCCGCCUCUCAGCUCACCGAUGACGACCUGACGUUCGCCACGGACGCCGCCGCCGCCGACCUGCUGCUGCAGUACGGCAGCGGUCGGCGGCUGGUGACCGCCUCCGCCCAGGCUUGCGAGGCUCUGCUCUCCCUGUUCCGCCACGCCCGCCGACUGUGCGGCGAGGUCAGCAGCGAGACCGGCGUCCAUUGGUUCGCCGCCGUCAUCUUCCUCAUCUACGGAGGCAACCUGGACAGGAGUCGUCACUUCCUCACCAGCUACUUCGCCGUGGCCGGCUCGGCCUUCGUGUGGACGGCGCGGGGUAACCACGUGAGCCGGUGCCGCGACCUCUGCACGGACGAACUACUGCUCUCCGGCCUGAUGCACCACAUGGGUGCCCUGGUGGAGCAGGAGCUACCCGGCGUACAGGCCGCCCUGCAGAUCGGCCGCGUACCGCUGAGUUCGCUGUGCGCCGGUUGGCUGCGGCAGUGCUACCUGGGCGUGCUCUCCUGGCAAGAGGUGUGCCACUACGUGGCGCUGGUCACGUGCCUCGGGCCCGACUACAUGCUCUACUUCACCGUGGCCGUGCUGCGCCACGUGCAGUCGGCCGUGCUGCUGGCGGCCGACCAGCCGCUGCCGCUGCUGGUGCUCAAGCUGAGUUCGAUCCAGGGUUUCCUGACCCGGGAGCACCUGCCCUACAUGGACACGCUGUGUCGGCGGUACCGACGCUCGGUGCUGUCGGACCUCAACGCCUGCCUGAACCAGUACAAGUGGGGCUACGAAGUGUGAGGCUGGCCGACAGGAGCGCGUCGGCGGCUCGCACUGUCCCCCCUCCCCUCCCCCGAGUCGGUGUCGACAUGGACCCUCUACAGCGAUUUGCUUGCCGUGUAGUGCAUGUGGUGGCUCUCGGCACUGUCGCGUCGAUGUGGGGGAGCCAUUGCGAAGAAAUAUCUGGGAGGCUGUAACCAGUGAUUGCCGGUUGUUUUCUUCACGUCGGCUUCCACGUCUAGUCGUGCCGCGUAUCGGGACACAUAUGUAGGAGCUGUCGCAAUGUCAUCUUGAGAAUGGUGUCGUGACGCCGCCUGCGCACCGGCCGUUGGGGUUUAUCCUUUUGUCGCGAUUAUGUCGUUUGUGGUGUCUUUGGUCGCCGAAAUGAUUGGGCACUGAGACUCUGGUGUGCCCGCCGUCCUGCUGCGCCCGUCCGUCCGCUUGUCUGCACCUCAGUCCGUCCGCCUGCUGUGGCGAGCCAGUCGCCACGAGUACGCUGGCCACCUCCAGCCAGACUGUGUGAUGCUCUUCGAAGGCGGCCGUUUCUCCGUCCACUCUGUCGCAGCAGCACGGCUCGCCGCUGAAGGCGUGGCUGUGCUGACGUCGGGAGGCGCCGCCCCUGACUCGGUGCGCCCGUCCGUCCUGCAUCCGUCCAGACGCCCGCCCCGUACAGCGCCGGCUAAGGCGACGCUUUCCAAGUGUCUUGUUGAUACAAACCGGUGUGAUGUGCAAAGGAAGUGGGGCGCACAAGAUGUGGUAGACACUGAAUGGAGUUAUGACGUGCGAUCACUCGCUGUUACUCAACGUCACGUUGGAGCGUUCAGUUCGGCACCUUCGUGAACAUGCUCGAUGUACACGAUGUACACGUACACGAUGUACUCGAUGUACACGAUUGGCCAGUGGCGUAUUCGGGUCACCAGAUGUGCACCUGUUCGCCACCAGCCGUGCUAAUCAUGUGGCCGGAUCUAGUCCGACCGGCGUGUUGUCGAAAGAAACAUGGAUCUCACGUCGACCUUGCCUUUUUGAAUUCUGUGAUAACUAAGUUGUUAAUACACCC